CAGCAGCUCCGCCUUGGGGGCAGACCGAGGGCGCAAAAGAGCAGGGGGUGAACCGGCUCUUUGGUAGAGGAGUGGGUCGGAUCGGACGCCAGAGACAAAGGCGAUUUCCAGGCAAGAGGGACUGCGGUCCUGCCACGGCGCUGCUCGGGAUUUCCAGCCCUCCCCCAGGGUUUUUCGCCUCCGAUUCUUCCGUCCCGACCCCGCCAUCCCUCAACUUCUCCCCGUCCUCCCCCCCCCCGCGCGACCUCGCUCCUCACCGGGAGGGCCACGAUGGAGGUCCCGCCCCGGCUCUCCCAUGUGCCGCCGCCGCCAUUGUUCCCCUCAGCUCCCGCUCCCUUCGCCUCCCGCAGCCUCUCCCAUUGGCGGCCGCGGGCGCCCCGGCAGCUGGCCCCGCUCCUCCCUUCGCUCGCUUCCAGUUCCGCCCGGCAGGGGGCGCGGCGGACCCCGCGCCACGUCACCGCCCAGCCGCCCUCCCGAUUGGCGGGCGGGGCGGCUAUAAAGGGAGGGCGCAGGCGGCGCCCGGAUCUCUUCCGCCGCCAUUUUAAAUCUAGCUCCAUACAACGCUCCGCCGCCGCCGCUGCCGCCAGCCGGACUACGCGCCACCACCCUCCGACCGACCAUUCCGCCACCAUGGAGGACAUGAACGAGUACAGCAACAUAGAGGAGUUCGCAGAGGGAUCCAAAAUCAACGCGAGCAAGAAUCAGCAGGAUGACGGUAAAAUGUUUAUUGGAGGCUUGAGCUGGGAUACGAGCAAGAAAGAUCUGACAGAGUAUUUGUCUCGAUUUGGGGAAGUUGUAGACUGCACAAUCAAAACAGAUCCAGUCACUGGAAGAUCAAGAGGAUUUGGGUUUGUGCUUUUCAAAGAUGCUGCUAGUGUUGAUAAGGUUUUGGAACUGAAAGAACACAAACUGGAUGGCAAAUUGAUAGAUCCUAAAAGGGCCAAAGCUUUGAAAGGCAAAGAACCCCCUAAAAAGGUUUUUGUGGGUGGAUUGAGCCCAGAUACUUCUGAAGAACAAAUUAAAGAAUAUUUUGGAGCUUUUGGAGAGAUUGAAAAUAUUGAACUUCCCAUGGAUACAAAAACAAAUGAGAGAAGAGGGUUUUGCUUUAUCACAUAUACAGAUGAGGAGCCAGUAAAGAAAUUGUUAGAAAGCAGAUAUCAUCAAAUUGGUUCUGGGAAGUGUGAGAUCAAAGUUGCCCAGCCCAAGGAAGUGUAUAGGCAGCAACAGCAACAACAAAAAGGAGGAAGAGGUGCUGCAGCUGGAGGAAGAGGUGGUACUAGGGGUCGUGGCCGAGGUCAGGGCCAAAACUGGAACCAAGGAUUUAAUAACUAUUAUGAUCAAGGAUAUGGAAAUUACAAUAGUGCCUAUGGUGGUGAUCAAAACUAUAGUGGCUAUGGCGGAUAUGAUUAUACUGGGUAUAACUAUGGGAACUAUGGAUAUGGACAGGGAUAUGCAGACUACAGUGGUCAACAGAGCACUUAUGGCAAGGCAUCUCGAGGUGGUGGCAAUCACCAAAAUAAUUACCAGCCAUACUAAGGAGAACGUUAGAGAAAGCAGCGGGAACUUCAUUGCAGGCCGUGUGUCACCCUGACCACGUCUAUCUCUGGGGGUCGCACGUUGCGGGCAGAGCGCAAGGCAUACACCAGAAAACGCUGUCCUGUGGUAUGGUCUCUUCCAACUUCAUGUACCAGCGUAAAGAUUAAAGUGGAAAACUUCAGACUUUGGCUUCUUUUUAAAAAAAAAAAAGAUCUUUUUGGAGAUUAAGUGUCAUAAACUUAACUUAAAUGGUUUUUUACAGGAGUUAAAGUACAUAAAUGCCUUUUUACAGCUUAAUCAUUUUGGUCUUCUGUUUAGUGUUGUAUUUCAAUUGUGGAGCCUCAUUUUAAGUGUUCAUUCUUUAAGAUUUAAUGCUUGCUUUUUCUUUUUAUAGCUAAUAGUGAAAUCUACAAAACAAGAACUUGUAAAUCUGGGAUAUAAGUUAAAGAUCACAUGCAAAGAAAAUUUUUUUGUAAUACAGUAAAUCUAUCCAAAAUCAAUGAUUGUUUUAGCAUUUUAUUUACUUGGUUUACUAGAGAUAUUUCUAGUAGGCCUUAAUCUGUACAACCUAUGAAUAUGGGACAGUGGCAUUCCCAGGUUCUUUUCUGAGUAGUUUUGAAUUGGACAUCAUUUGGGAACUCCCAAGUGAGUUUCUCAGCUUUCUGAAAUGGAUUUUGCUAAUGAAAAUGCAUGUGAUCUUUAAUUAUUGAAGAAAACUAUAAAGUGAGAACUUAAAACAAUUCAUGAAAAUGGACCUUUGAAAGCUUGUCAGAAUUGCACAAGUCUAAUUGGUACUUUGUUUUUAUUUUUAGGAGAUGCUAAAGAAAAUCUCACCUUACAGGACUACAUUGAAGAUUGGUCUUCUGUUGAUCUGAUUAUUUUGUAAAGACUUUGUAGUGUAUAAGACACAAUUGUGUCCAACUGUAUAUAGCCGCCAGUUAGUUUUCUUUGUUUUUAGUUUGUCUUUUGCUAUGUGUUAUGACUCAAUGUGGAUUUGUUUAUACAAACUUUUAUUUGUACAAUUUCAUGUUAAACCUCAAAUAAAUGCUUCCUUAUGUGAUUGUUUCUGCGUCAGGUACUACAUAGCACUGUAAAAAAUAAUUUUAAAGAAGCAAUAAUUAAGGCAGUUUAUUUUGUAGGAAGUUGGCCCAUAGGAAGGAACUGUGGUCCUUAAUAAGUACCCACAGUGUUGCUCAGAUCCCAAUUUUUUUAGGUAUAUUUUCCACACUCAGGCUUGAAUUUUUUUUUCCCCUGUUAACUAAGAUUCAAAUAAUGUUCUUUUCCUCUCUGGUUAUCUGGAGACUAUCUUGAAAACUUAAGUCAUAUUAUUGUGGUUAGAAGUUUUGCAGCAGACAGCACUCUUACCACUCAGCCACAUUUCCAGCCCCAUUGUAUUCUCUUAAGAAUAGGACUUUGGGGCUGAGGAUGUAGCUGAGUGCCUAGCAGUCCCUAAAAAAAAAUUUUACCGACAUAGCUUGUUCAUAGCUCUCUGGCAUACCACAUGUAACUUCCAGUAAUUGCAUUGGGUGAUCAGUGGUCUGCUGGAAAAAUUUGGUUAGUCAACACCAUGACUAGUUCAUUUAAUUAUGAAAGUAAGUCUCCAGAUGGAAGUUGUAAAAAGCACUAUAAAGCUGGUAGAAACAGAUACAUAAGAACUUGUCCAUUAUAGUUUGGUCAGCAGAUUGAGAUUUGGGGUACUGGCAGAAUGACAUAGUUAAGUCACAGCCACCAGCAGAUGAACAAAAUGUUUCCAAGUUGGCAUUUCAAGGAGCUUGUGUUGAGUUCUUAGGGAAAGUCAACACUAGUAACUUUCAGUGUAUUUAGUGCAUGAAUUAAGCAUUUCUGUAUUCAGACAUAGGAAGGAACCAUGGGGGGAAAAUGCUUAAGUCUUGAGUUUGUUGAUUAUGAGGCUAAGCAUAAUGAGUAUCAUUAAAGCUUACCUUCUGGUGCAUCAAAAGUUUUAGGUUUUAAAGUACAUUUGGCUGACAGUUUUAUUCAGUAUAGUUGGAUUUGGGAGUUUCCAUGUUCCACUAUAGGAUGCUAGGAUUGACAUUUGUGUUUACAUACAGAAAAGUUGAUCUUAGGUUACACAGAAGUUGUUUAUGCUGAUACCUGCUUCUUUAUUUUAAUCCCUGCAAUUUUGUUCCAAUGAUAUAUGUACUUGCUAGGCUACCAAGUUGAAAUUUCUUUGGCCUUGUUUUGCUACGACCAAGUAACAAUGUUGGCUAUUGUAAGGAAUUGUUUAUUUCAACAUGGAACCUUAGGGAAUAGAAGGGAGAUCCAUUUCAAGUUGUGUUAGUAGGUGCAGUUAUCUAGAGUAGUGAAUCUUGUAAGUUCAAAUCUAUGAGUAGGUGACAAGUUGGCAUUAAGAUUGUCCUUUUUUUUUUCCUGAUCAAAUAAAAACUUUUUUAAACUACAAA